CACCCAGCCCCCAACAGCCAGGGGCCCUUUCCCUACCCAGGUCAGCGGGUAGGGAAGGAACACUUCCUUCUCAUAUCCUCCUCCUCUCCUCCUCGGGGGGGCAGUGGGGAGGGUCCUUUAAAAGCUGGGCAGCAGGCAUUACACCCAGUGUUCGGAUCAGAGUGCUCCAGCAGCACGUCUGGAUCAGCCCCAGCUAUGGCAUCGCUGGAACCAGGCCUCACUGGGUCCCUGAACCACGGCCAAGCGCAGAGUCACAGCACUGGCGGGAAGCACCCUGGCACUCAGGACCAGACCUACCUGGAUGAGCUCAUCAGCAUCCCCAAGGGCAGCGGGUCGGGGUUCAGCUUUAAGAAACUCUGGGCUUUCACCGGUCCCGGCUUCCUCAUGAGCAUCGCCUACCUGGACCCAGGCAACGUGGAGUCGGAUCUGCAGUGCGGAGCAGUGGCAGGGUUCAAGCUGCUGUGGGUGCUGCUGUGGGCCACUGUCCUGGGGCUGCUGUGCCAGCGCCUGGCCAUCCGGCUGGGCGUGGUGACUGGGAAGGACCUGGGCGAGAUUUGCUACCUCUAUUACCCCAAGGUGCCCCGUGUGCUGCUCUGGCUCAUGAUGGAGAUUGCCAUCAUCGGCUCUGACAUGCAGGAGGUGAUCGGGACAGCCAUUGCUUUCAGCCUGCUCUCAGCUGGCCGCAUUCCCCUCUGGGGUGGGGUCCUUAUCACCAUUGUAGACACCCUCUUCUUCCUCUUCAUCGAUAAGUACGGGCUCCGCAAACUGGAGGCUUUCUUUGGCCUCCUCAUCACCAUUAUGGCCCUGACCUUCGGCUACGAGUACGUGGUGGUGAGGCCAGUGCAGGUGAAAGUGCUGAAGGGCAUUUUCCUGCCCUACUGCCCGGGCUGUGGGCGAGAGGAGCUGCUGCAGGCUGUGGGCAUUGUUGGCGCCAUCAUUAUGCCCCAUAACAUCUUCCUCCACUCUUCCUUGGUCAAGACACGGGCAAUCGACCGAUCCAAGAAGCAGGCAGUGCAGGAGGCCAACAUGUAUUUCCUGACUGAGUCCUGUCUGGCCCUCUUCGUCUCCUUCCUCAUCAACCUCUUUGUCAUGGCUGUCUUCGGUGAGGCUUUCUACCGCCAGCGAAACGAGGACGUGCACAACAAGUGCAUCAACAGCAGCAUCAGCCACUAUGCCAACAUUUUCCCUGCCAACAACGAGACAGUCUCUGUGGAUAUCUACCAGGGGGGUGUCAUCCUGGGCUGCUAUUUCGGGGCAGCGGCACUGUACAUCUGGGCCAUUGGGAUCCUGGCAGCAGGACAGAGUUCCACGAUGACCGGGACUUAUGCUGGGCAGUUUGUCAUGGAGGGCUUCCUGCAGCUCCGCUGGUCUCGCUUCGCCCGGGUGCUCUUCACCCGCUCCUUUGCCAUCCUGCCCACCGUUUUUGUGGCCACUUUCAAGGAUGUCAGCCACCUCACAGGCAUGAAUGACCUGCUCAACGUCCUGCAGAGCAUCCUGCUGCCCUUUGCUGUCCUGCCUGUCCUCACCUUCACCAGCCUGCACCCGCUCAUGCAGGACUUCACCAACAGCCUCCCAGGGAAGAUGCUGAUGACCCUCAUCACAGGACUGGUCUGUGCCAUCAACAUCUACUUUGUGGUGGACUUUCUGCCGACGCUGCAGGGCCUGGAGUACCACAUCCCCCUGGGCCUGCUGCUGGCUGCCUAUGUAGCUUUCAUCGCCUACCUGAUCUGGACGUGUAGCAUCGCACACGGAGCCCGGUUCCUGGCCCGGGGCCACCACAGCCACUUCAAUUUUGGUGUCACCCUCGACUCGUCAGCCCUGACAGGGACCCGGUGACAGAGCCCUUCCAUGCUCACUGUCGCCCCGUACCUGCCCAGCACGGCCUCCUCACAUCAGGCACUGAUUUGCUGACACUCCAAGGCCAGGGAUGAUGUUCUGGCCAGCGAUGCACCCAGCAAGAAAGGGGUUAACACCCGGACAGACCUCCCCUCAAGUUUUUAGAGCCCAGCCCCCUCUCCCCCUAGUUCAGGGGUGCUGGUCCAGGCUGGAUGCGAGCGGGGGCGGGGGGAAUAGCAGCGGGAGGUGCCCCCAUCCCUUGGCACAGACGCUUCGCUGAAUGAGCCGCGUCGGAGACCUCCAUUGCUCAUUAUUGCCGGGAACCGCCGGCCCCCGGGACCGCUAAUUACCGCCGGAGACCGCUAAUCACCGCUGGGGACCGCUAAUCACCGCCUGGGACCGAUAACCAUCCCCACCAUCGGCGGGGCAAGCCCAGGGACCGGCUCCAGCCCCACGGGGGGCUCCGAAACUCGGGGACAGGAGGGCGGCUGAUAAAUGGCGUGUUUGUA